CGGAACCGACCCAACAUCAUCUAUCGCCACCACCCGCCUGCCACAAAGUAAGCAUUCAAACCCUCACCAGACGCCCUCAAGGCCCCCAACAUCACCGCGCCGACAAUCCCCCACACCCAACCUCCAACAAUGCGCCCCCUCCUCCGCGCCGCCCACCUCCCCGCGCGCUCCCCCCUCCGCCCACGAGCAGCCGCCGCCGCCGCCCCCCGCCGCCUCCUCCUCCUCCUCCGCCCCUCGUCAACCUUCGCCCCCGGCCCGGCCCCGCCACGCCUCCCCGCGGCCGAGCAGGCCGAGUUUGAGCGUCUGCAGCGCGAGGCCGCGUCGGUGGGCGACGCUAUCCUGGCCGAGCAGCCAGAAGCGGCGGCGGUAACGACGGCGGAGGAGGAGGCGCCCGCGACAUCCGGCGGCAUCCGGCGCGGCGCCCCGCCUGAGUUCGACGGUGACGUCAACCCAAAGACGGGCGAGGUCGGCGGGCCAAAGAACGAGCCGCUGCGCUGGGGCGCCGCGGGGGACUACAGCUUCAACGGGAGGGUGACAGACUUCUGAGCCGCCGCCCGUUCAUGGCCUAGGGCGAGGAUAGAGGAUAGGGUCGAAAAAGAAAAAAAAAAAGACGGAGGAUUGUACGAAUAAAAAUUAGAGCCUAUACAUGCACAGCGGGAGGCGCCGCCUACAAGACCAGCUUCGCCAUCAAGCUUGGGCACAUGGGUCCCUUUUCACACAGCUCACGGCUCAACACCAAUGCCAUUCAUUCCCAUAUAGAAGAGUAGUUGUACACGAUUAAUCCAAGGGUAUAUAAUUAUGCGA